AUGAAUUCUCUCACCGCCACCGAAAGCCUUAUCGCGGCUGGCCUCGAGGCACGCCUCUUGGUACCAAAAGAUUCCGACUUUACAGCUCGACAGGAAUCAUACUGGUCCAACAGUGCCAAAAUCAAACCCGCAUGUAUUGUGCAGCCCCGUACCUCUGAUGAGGUUGCCAGUAUCGUCAAGGCACUUGUAGCUGCUGGCCACAAGUUUGCUAUUCGCAGCGGUGGCCAUACAAACUGGGCUGGAUCAAACAACAUCGAGGGUGGAGUCACUGUUGAUCUCGGUCACUUGAACCAUAUAAAAUAUGAUGCCUCCACCGAGACAGUCGAUAUUGGACCUGGCUGCAGGUGGCGAGAUGUUUACGCUCAGCUGAGCGAGUAUGACCGUGCUGUGGCUGGAGGCCGUGAGGGUAAUCCUGGCGUUGCUGGCCUUCUUUUGGGAGGUGGAAACACCUUCUUUACAGGACUACAGGGCUUCGGAUGUGACAACGUCAUCUCCUACCAAGUUGUCCUCGCCAGUGGAGACAUCGUCACUGCAGACGACAAGACCAACACUGACUUGUUCAGAGUUCUCAAGGGUGGCUCCAACAACUUUGGCAUCGCCACAAACUUUACCAUGAAAGCUAUUAAAAAUGGUCGCGUAUGGGGUGGAAUGGCUAUGUUCCCCGACCAAGCUAUUCCUGAAGUCAUCGAAGCCCUCUACGAGUUCACAGAAAAUGUGGCCAAUGACGUUCACAGCAACCUCGUUACUGUCUUUCAAUACUUGCCCGACCUGGGAGAAAUCGGUUCAGCCUCUGUUUAUGCCAACAUGAAAGGUAUUGAAAGGCCUGCAGCCUACAAAAAGUGGCUUGCCUUGCCCGAGAUUUCUACUCGUGUUAAAAAUACAACUGUCGCAGAAAUUGCUUCUGAUUAUAAUCUUCCCCCCAAUUACCAUAACACCUGGUUUACCUGUUGCUUCAAAAAUGAUAUCCGAAUCAUUACCAAAGCUUCAGACCUGCAUACCAAACUAGUGGAGGAACUCAAAGAAUUUAUCCCUGAUGGCAAUUUCAUCACCCAGUGCAUAUACCAACCUCUGCCAACCAUCUUUGGUCAACGCAGCGUCGAAGCUGGCGGCAACGUCAUGGGUGUUGAGCGCCAUCAACACAACGGCAUCUUAUUCUUAGCCAGCGCUAUGGUUCGUACACCCGAGCAGGAGGCCUUUGCUCGACCAAAAGUUGAGGCUUGGGUUAGAGAAUUGCGUGAGUUUGCUGCCACUAUCGAGGGAGGAAACCUAGAGUGGACAUAUUUGAACUACGCAGACAAGACUCAGAAUCCUCUUGGAAGUUAUGGACUUGAGAAUAUCAGGAAGAUGAAGGAUGCGGCAGCGAAGUAUGACCCUGGUCAGGUAUUCCAGAAACUGGUACCUGGAGGAUUCAAGAUUUCGGAUGUGAAAGACGUAUGA